GAAAAUCUUUUCGAGCCAUCGUCAGGAGCAUGGACGUCGUCGAGGCAGCGCUGGUCGACGCGAUCGCGCCCUUCCCGGAAGAGCUCCGCAAGGCCUUGGUGGCCAAGUUCCAAGGCUACUACGAGACGCCGGCAACGGCCAGUGUCGAGGAGGUGCUGCGGAAGCGGCUCACGGACGACCGCGCGCGGCAACUCCUCUUCGAGCCAACGCCCAGCGACGGGCUGUGGUACGCGGCGCUCGUGCAAGGGCCGCCGCAUGGCGCGCCGGCAACGCACCCGUGCGCGAUCACGUGUCAGCGGUAUUUGGCCAUGAUGUACCUCUGCCACGCCCAAGUGUGGUCGUUUGCGAGCGAGUUCAUCUUGCAUGACGGCCUCGUGACGCUCGUGAGCAUGUUUGACCACGACGACAUGCACAUGCGCGGCCAAGCCCUCGAUACGUUUACGCAGCUCACGAGCAAUCCUGCGUUCGACUGGUUUCAGCAGCCGACGACAGCGCUCGAGAAGGCGCUGCACCACAAGAUGCUCCUGCUGCCCAACAGCGCGUCGAUCGUGCAGCAGCUCGUGCACAACCAGGCGACGCCCGAGCUCUCGUUCUGCGCGCUCCAGAUCCUCGCGUUCUACAUGAGCUGGGUGCGCAAGCUGUACACCAAAGGCGAGCUCCGCCUCAGCAGGGCCCUCUUGGAUUCCUUGUCGGCGUGGACGGAGAGCGCGUCGCCCGACGAAGCCGAGCUCGCGGCCAACGUCUUUGCCGACUUUAAUCGCUGGCCGGCCGCCGACGCCAGCGACAGCUCGAGCCUCGCCGGUGUCGAGUACCCCCGAGAGAUGAAACUCUUGCAGGAAGCGAGCGACGCGUUCAAGACCAAGGCGUUCGACCGCGUCCUCGAGCUCUGCUCCGACGUAUUGGAUGGCAACAACAACGCGGACACGCUCCCGCCGGCCGAGCGUCAACGCGCGUUGGCGCUCCGUGGGGCAGCGCACCUGGCCGCAGGCAACGCCCAGGCAGCGACGGGGGACCUGUACACUGCGCUGGAGCACCCGCCAACGCCGAGCGAGCGUGGUCGCUGGGCGCUAAGCCUCGCAGACGCGUUGACGCAGCUCAAUCAGUUGGACCGAGCGCUCUCGGUCCUCCACGAGCACGUCGACGGAAGCGACGGUGCGCUGCAUGAUGCGAUCCAGAAGCUCUUGGCCGUGAAGGCUGCGGCGCGGGCUUCGUCCAAGGACGCCAAAGAGCAGGCGCUUGUCGAAGCGCUCAUGCAGCGCAAGCACCCAAAGCCGGUGGGCCCCAGGGACGUUGUCCUUGCCCCGGUGGUUCCCAAGAGAGAUGUCAACGGGACGUUCAACAAGGAGAACAAUCAAGACGAGUUGAUACCCGCCAAGCCCAAGGUGCUGUUGACGAAGAAGAAGCCGACCAAGCACAUCUCGACGUCGAUGUCGGCCCAGCCCUUCUCAACGACAACCGGACGGCGGCUUUUGAAGGCCAAGACCAACCCGGAGGCGAUGGCCAAGCUGCUCUCGACCCUCGCGCUGGAAGAUUUCGAGCGCGUGAUCGGCAGCGUCCUCUCAGAAGACAUGCUUCUCGGGCUCUUCCGAGGCCUCCGCUUGGUCCCUGCGUCGGUGGCCGCCUCGAUUGUCGGCUGCUUGGAGGCGACUCCGCGCUACCAAUUGACGCUGGACCUCGCGUCGCAUGACGUCCUCGCGCUCCGUACGCAGUUGAUGUCGCUGCUCCACUAAGAACUCACCACUACGAACUCAUAUAUUACCUACAUGUCCUACGCCA